CAAUAUCUCAUUCCUGUUGCUAUAGCAACUUUUUGUAUAUAAAUCUUAGAAUUUCGAAAAGAACGCAGAAACAACCUAUGAUCACUUAAUUUUUGUAACAAGGCUUCUAAAUGGGUCAUUUGACGUCAAAGAAGUUUACUUUUACGUUAAUUUUACAAUAUUUAUUCUUGCUUUUUGAUCUUGGUGUAAAUUCAUUUGCAACAUUUGCUAGAAGUCAUCCAGCUGAUCUACUUGUUCUUUUCGUAGUCCAAGAUUUCUGCCUGAUAAUGUCUUUGACUAUACUUUUGGCAAACUUCUUUUCAACAUAUAUUUUUCAAGCUGGGCUUAUACAACUUUUAUACGCGCAAUUCCGCAUGACUUUAUUAGUUUGCGUUACCUAUAUAGUGCUGAGCAUAAGUUUGCAUUCUUGGCAUAUGACAAUCCAUUGGUCUGCACCUUUGACUCAUUUUUGGUCAGUGGGUUAUCACAGUCUUUACACAGUUCAACGAACCAUUGCAGUGCUGUACUAUUAUGUUAGUAAAAGAGCAUCUCUGUGCAUUAGUGACCCAAGGUAUCAUGAGGGAUCAAAGUGGAUGCAAAAACAAUUUAGUCUCCCAUAAAAUGUACACCAAAAUCUUUUGUAAUGAAUUUGAUACAAUUGAAUAAAAAUCAAGUGUUUUUCAAAUUUUUACUAACAA